AUGAGUUUAACAGUAGCAGAUGCAGUGGAUUACAAGGGAUAUCCAGCUGACAAGUCCAAAACUGGUGGUUGGGUGCCUGCUGCGCUUAUUCUAGGGAUCGAAAUUGUUGAGAGGCUUUCAACAAUGGGAAUAGCAGUAAACCUGGUGACUUAUUUGGGCGGAAUAAUGCAUCUGCCAAGUACAACCUCAGCAAAUAUUGUAACAGAUUUUAUGGGCACUUCUUUUCUGCUGUGCUUGCUUGGGGGUUUUCUUGCAGAUUCUUUCCUGGGAAGAUACAACACAAUUGCCAUUUUUGCUAUCACACAAACACUGGGAACUGGCAUCUUAGCAUUGGUGACGAAGCUGCCAAAUCUUCGACCUCCACCUUGUUCUCCUCAUCAUGCUAUUUGCAAACAAUCCAAUGGAUUUCAAAUGGGAAUUCUAUACCUUGCUUUAUAUCUUAUAGCGUUAGGCACUGGUGGCCUCAAGUCAAGUGUGUCAGGAUUUGGUACUGAUCAAUUUGAUGAGAAAGAUGAGAAGGAGAAAUCUCAAAUGGCUUAUUUCUUCAACAGAUUCUUUUUCUUCAUAAGCAUUGGAACUUUGACAGCAGUUACUGUACUUGUUUACAUACAAGACGAAGUGGGUCGAAGCCUAGCCUAUGGGAUUUGUUCCAUUGCCAUGUUGAUAGCACUUUUGAUAUUCUUUUCUGGGACUAGAAGAUUCAGGUACAAGAAGAGCUCGGGAAGUCCUGUAGUUCAAAUUUUUCAAGUAACUGUAGCAGCAGUAAGGAAGAGAAAUCUCAACAUGCCUUGUAAUCUUAACAUGCUAUACGAGGAUACACCUGAAAACUUGAGAAUCACCCACACAGAUCAGUUCCGUUCUCUGGACAAGGCAGCCAUUGUAGCAGAAGGAGAUUUUGAAAUAGGCUACAAAUAUUCAUAUUCAACUUCAAAUCCAUGGAAACUGUGUUCAGUUACAAAAGUGGAAGAAGUGAAAAUGAUGGCAAGAUUACUGCCAAUUUGGGCCACAACCAUAAUAUUCUGGACCAUUUAUGCACAGAUGAUAACUUUUUCUGUAGAACAAGCUUCCACAAUGGAAAGAUCGCUUGGAAGUUUCUUGAUCCCUGCUGGCUCGCUCACUGUCUUUUUUGUGGCUGCUAUUUUGAUCACUUUGGCCGUUAAUGAUCGUCUCAUUAUGCCACUUUGGAAGAAAUGGAAAGGAAAACCAGGUUUCUCAAACCUAGAAAGAAUUGCCAUUGGACUAGUCCUUUCAACAAUAGGUAUGGUGGCUGCAGCACUAGUUGAAAUGAAGAGAUUAUCCGUCGCUAAAUCCGUCGGCCGGUCUACUCAAACUCUUCCAAUGAGUGUGUUUUUUCUUAUACUACAAUUCUUUCUUGUGGGUUCUGGAGAAGCAUUCAUAUACACUGGCCAGUUAGAUUUCUUCAUUACACAAUCCCCCAAAGGAAUGAAAACAAUGAGCACUGGUCUCUUCUUGACCACUCUUUCGCUCGGGUUUUUCAUUAGUAGCUUCCUCGUCUCAGUUGUCAAGAAGGUGACGGGUGCUAACGGCAGAGAAGGAUGGCUUGCGGACCACAUAAAUUACGGACGACUCGACUGUUUCUAUGGACUUUUAGCUGUCCUAGGAUUCAUAAAUCUUCUUGUGUAUCUCAUUUGUGCUGUGUGGUACAAACCACAGCAGAAACCUAAACCUGCUGCCAAACAGAUAGAGACUGCUGUGUUUAACGGAACUGCUGAGGAAAAAUGCUAA